AUGACGCAUUUUAGUCAUGUGACGCAUGCGCAGGACUGGAACUGCCACACAGCUUUAGCGAUUUCUUUGCUCUGCUUAGGCAUCCUGGUGCUGUGUGUGCUCAUUGCAGGUCUGUGUUAUAAGUUCAGCGUUGUGUGGUACAUGAAGAUGACCUGGGCAUGGCUAAAAGCAAAGAGAAAGCCAAAGUUGAAGAAGGGAGUGCUCCAGUACGAUGCCUUUGUGUCCUACAGUGAAAUGGACUCCGGCUGGGUGGAGGCGCAUCUGAUCCCGGCCCUGGAGCAGUCGGAACCGCCCCUCCGACUCUGCCUCCACAAGAGAGACUUUGUUCCCGGAGGAUGGAUCGUAGACAACAUCAUGGACGCUAUAGAGAAGAGUCACAGAACGCUCUUCGUCCUCUCCCAGAACUUUGUCAGAAGCGAGUGGUGCAAGUACGAGCUUGACUACACCCAUUUUAGAUUGUUUGAUCAAAACGAUGACGCAGUUGUGCUGAUUCUACUGGAGCCCAUUGACAAAAAUAACAUCCCCAAAAAGUUCAUCAGACUGCGGAAAGUGAUGAACUCCAGGACGUACCUGGAGUGGCCUGAUGAUGAAGAUCAGAUCCCAGCGUUCUGGCAAAGUCUGAGAACAGCGAUCGAAACACCUGAAAUUGACGAUACAAACAAUCUAUAAAAGCAUUUAUAUUUCACAUUUUGAAUAUACACUCACUUUUAUAUUGACAUUUUCUAAAAGCUAAAAUGUCCCCAACUUUACUCUGAAAGCAGGUAUUAUUAUAAGCAAAUAUAAUAAAAUUUAUAUAAUUUUUUUAAAAUAUUCACUUUCUUCAAUUAAUCCCUACA